ACAAUUCACUGGAAAAUACUAAUUGUAUUUGCCCAGAUACAAAUAUUAUUCUUAACAAAUGCGAAAGAAUGGUAAAGGGUGUGUGUUUUGAAAUAGUGGUCCAUGGAUCAAAAUCUACGGAACGUUAUUUAAUCGACAUAGAACCAGAAGAUGUGCAUUUCGUCAAGGAUGUAACUGAUCCAAUGGAAACUUUUGAACAACGUCUUGAUCGCAUUGAGAAUCUUCAAGGAAUUUACGUUGAACUUUGGGACAAAACAACAGAAAAAAUUGAACAAUGUAAAAAACAAUUGAAAAAUACAGAUUAUAAAAUCGUACUCGUCAAACGGAAAAGCGACCAUCAUUCGAAGGCGAUAAAAUUUUGCGAUCCAGAUGGAGAACCAGAAAAGGAAUGCGACAGAUAUUCGACUGCAUCAACUGUUGUAAUUGGUGAUAGAAAAUCAAGCUCCGGUAGUGAUACAAGCGAUUUAGAAUCUCCAAUUAAACGUAAAUGCAAAGUAGAAUUCCCGAAAAUCUCAAGCUGCUCUAAAUACAUGAUAAUUGGACCCAAUGGCACACAGAUCAACCGAAAUGACUACGAAGGAUUAAACUGGAAAGACCCCGGAUCACCUACAAGAAAGCUUUUAACUUUGGUAUUUGGUGAAGAAGUUCUGGCAACACAUAGUUUAACAGGAAAUCAGUCUCCAGCAUUUCGCGGACGUGAAAGAGCACCAAAAAGUAAACUGGACCCAAGCAAAACUUCAGACAUUAUAUACAUUGUAACUCUUAAAUGUAAAGUUAAACCUCAGAUUGUUAGAGCUGCAAUAACUACAAAAUGUGCUGAUACUUCGAAAAAGUUUCGACGACUUAGCAUGAAAGUUUGA